GAUGCGUCUAUUCUGCCUUACCCAGCAAAGAAGAAGAGGACGAGGACGAAGAAGAACAUUCUACCCAUACCGGCUGUUAACCAGCGCCGCAAUAUUAUUCACAAAUUAAGCCUAUUUAAAGGCUGCAUGUUGGCGAAAAGGACCGGUUUUCAUAUUUUAAUAUGUAAUAUCCUUAUAUAUAUAUAUAAGACAACUGACGUUCUUGGAUAAGAUAAACUAACGAUGUUUUAAAAGAGAAACAGGUAACCAAAUGCUAAUAUUAGCCGCGUGUAGGGAAACGUGAGUAUUUGCAGUGUAUCUUAUCCCUAAGUGUGGCGGUUUCCAUGAAGAUGAGGUGUCACUAUGAAGUGUUGGGAGUAAAAAGAGACGCAGGAGACGAUGAUCUGAAGAAAGCUUAUCGGAAAUUAGCCUUAAAAUGGCACCCAGAUAAAAACUUGGAGAACGCCGAGGAGGCCGCAGAGCAGUUCAAGCUCAUUCAAGCAGCUUACGAUGUCCUCAGCGAUCCGCAGGAGAGAGCCUGGUAUGACAAUCACAGAGAAGCUCUGCUGAAAGGAGGCCUAAGCGGCGAUUAUGAAGACGACAGCAUUGACCUCCUGCAGUACUUCACAGUCACAUGCUACUCAGGAUACGGAGAUGAUGAGAAGGGCUUUUACACGGUUUACAGGAAUCUUUUUGAGUCCAUUGUUAAGGAGGAGAUGGAGCACAGCAGGAUGGACGACGAGGAAGAGGAAGAAGGGUUUCCUCCCUUUGGAGAUUCUCAGGGCGAUUAUGAUACAGUAGUCCAUGUGUUUUACGCCUACUGGCAGAGCUUCUGCACUCGCAAGAACUUUGCUUGGAAGGAGGAGUACGACACGAGGCAGGCGUCCAACCGCUGGGAAAAAAGGGCCAUGGAGAAGGAGAACAAGAAGACCAGGGAAAAGGCUCGAAAGGAGCGCAAUGAGCUGGUGCGGCAACUGGUGGCCUUCGUCCGUAAGAGGGACCGGCGCGUCCAGGCCCACAGGAAGCUGGUGGAGGAGCAGAACGCCGAGAAGAUCAAGAAGAUGGCGGAGCUGAGGCGACAGCAGAAGCUCAAACAAGCCAAGAUGGCAGAGGAGUACAAGGAGCAGAGCUGGGCCGCAAUGUCUGAGCUGGAGAAGGAGCUGCAACAGAUUGAAGCUCAGUACGGAGAGGAGUUUGGAGACACAUCCGAGAGUGAGGAAGAGGAGGUGGAUGUGGACACAUUUCAGAAAAACAGUGAAAGAGACGGAGAUGCUGAGCAGCCGAACGACGACGACCCGACCAUCGACUGUUACGAUGAUCUCUACUGCCCAGCUUGUGACAAGUCUUUCAAAUCAGAUAAAGCCAUGAAAAACCAUGAAAAGUCCAAAAAGCACCGAGAGAUGGUGGUGUUGCUACGGCAACAGUUGGAGGAAGAAGACAAUUCGUUCUUCUUGAACGGAGAGGAGGAUGGGGAGAAAGAAAAUGACCUGCAGGAUGAGGAGGAGGAAGAGGAAGAGGAGGAACAGCCAAGGCAAAAUCUUUCUCUCUACAUCCUCAGGUUGUCAAAAAAGCAAAAGAGGAAAAAGAAACAGCAGAAAGUAGUACAGCAAACUACCGCUGAGGUUAAAGAGGAGGAGGAGACGAUACCUUCACAGACCACCUGUGAGGAAGAAGUCCCUGAAAGCUCAGAAAAUCCUGGACAACCUGAAAAGCAGGAGGACCUUCCCUCUGCAGAAGUCAAAAGCAGCUCUGAAAAGACGAAAGGAAAAAAGGGAGGCGGGAAAGACAAGGCAAAGAACACCAAACCACACACUGAACAGAUUCCUGAGAAGGAAAUAAACCUCCGCUGCGUUACCUGCAACGACGAGUUCCCCACAAGAAACAAGUUGUUUGACCAUCUGAAGACCAGCGGCCACGCUAUUGCUAUUUCUACAAAUGCUACUCACAGCUCCACGAGCAAGAGCAGGAAAGAAAAGCGGAAAAACAGAUAACGCAUUCUCACUGCGGCUGAUAAGACUUUGACCCAAAACAAACUCAUUUGGAGAUGUUUUUGCUAUCUGUGUGAGAUAAGCCAAAUACGGAUCCUAACCUUCUGUCUGCAAGUUCAAUAGGUGAGAGUGAAACAAGAUGUAGUUUUAAAAUAAAAAAAUUAAAAGCAUACUUUGUCCGACAAGGUUGCAGGUUCCGUUGUCAGUGCAUGUGUGUGCGGAUUGAAUUGAGAAAAGGUUGGUUUAUUAAGACAUAAGCUGAAUUGAAUUAGAAAAAUUGAAACAGGAAAAAAAUCUAUUGUUCUUGUCAGGUGCUGAUUGAGUUCACUGUGAUGAAUAGGUCAGCUUCAGGAAAAGAAUAAAAGCUCCUUUUUAUAAAUGGCAUAAAAAAAAAAAGCUAAAGAAAUGAGUUUGUAAUCACACGGGUUACUUGAAAAGAUUUACAGAAAACAAUGACCGACUCUGCUUCCAGGAAUGAGUGUGUGCGUGAAUGGGUAAACGAAUGAAUGCAGUGUGAAGAGCUUUAGAGUCCUCUGGACGUACCUGACCUCUUGUUUUGCCUCCUGACCGUCAUCUUUUCCUGCUCCCUGCCUGUCGUGAUCGUAAUCUGCCCGUGCCUUCAGCCCCCGCUUCAUGUGUCUGGGUUAUGAUUGCAGCCUCACAGCACAUCCAAAGCUGAAAACUGUAUUCAGCAUCCUUGAGUCAGUACUUCGUUUGAACCAUUUUUCAUUUCAAUCCAUCCAUCUGCAAUAACGCGCCAAAACAACCUGUCAGAGCCAGGAGGACGCCAUUGGCGUUGUCAAUCAUCCUUGUGUACAUUCUGCUUAAUGUACUAAUGGGGGAGAAAGCACUUACAAUGACAGGAAAGUUGUUUAUCUGCCAUCAUUGGUGGCUUUUCUCUGCUGUCAGGAAGGAACUGUAGCGUAGCAGAGAGAGAAUGUGAGUGGUGCAUUCCUGUCCAAAGCCUGUCUGAUACUACACUCACGACACAGUGACAGUUAUAGUAAAUAGAGUAUAUGAAAAAAACAACUUUUUUUUUAAAUAUGUAAAAGUUAUAUGCUGUAAUUUCAAGGGUGAUAAAACAAUAUGUUAACUUUAAAGUGCAAAUAUAAAAUACAUGGCGUCUCAGGAGACAGAAACCCUCACCAAGCUCGGCAAUGCUACAAAAAACAGAAAGUAACAAUUAAUCAAAAAAGUAGGAUAAAGAUAUAACGCAAAUGUUGGGUUGUUGGUUCAAAUUCCCACUCCGUCCGUCUCAGCUGUUGUAUCCUUGGACACACUUCAUCCGCCUUACUAACGGCCCUGGUGUUGCUGAUUGUGUGGCAGCAUCGCCUCGGUCAGUCUGCCCCAGGGUGGCUGUGGCUAUAGUGUAGCUCACCACCGAGAGUGUAUGCAUUUGCGUAUGAAUGGGUUAAUGAAUGUGGUGUGAAACGCUUUGGAGUCCUCUGGAUUAGAUGUAGCUCCAGACAAAGUUUCAACUACAUCUGUAAAUAGCGGCGUCUUUACCCUUUAUAAAAACAUAAUUUACACACAUCUUGAGACCAAGUUCAUAGACCCAAUAGCCUUGUUGCACUUCCCAUUUGUAGGCCUUACUGAAAUCCUACAGAAAUAACCCACCCACUGCUUGCUCAGAGACCGAUCUGUCUUUGAACUGAGCACUAAAGUUAUGAAGUGCUUGUUACAAUAUGUAAAAUAUUUGUGUGACAAAAACAAAA